UCAUCUACUUAGGUCGAAGAAGAUAUUUCACAUUACUCUCGCCGUCCGAUUCCGAUCAACAAAACACGACGGAGCAAAAAUGGAGAACUCGAUCCCGACUGAUCUCAUCGUCGAGAUAGUCUCGAGAUUGCCAGCAAAAUCAGCAGCUAGGUGUCGCUGCGUGUCGAAGCUAUGGAGAACCAUCCUCCGCCGUCAGGAAUUCACCGACUUGUUUCUAACCAGGUCCAAAGCUCGUCUACGACUCUUACUUGCGGUUAAACAAGACGGUGAGUGGGGCUUUUACUCAACUCCUCAGCCGCAGAAUCCAUCUGAGAAGUUUUCUCUUGUAGUAGCCGCCGCUGAUUUUCAUACCAAGUUCUCUAAAGGCAUAAGCAAAUACAAUUGUAGCUAUGCCUCUGGAUUGAUCUAUUUCCAUAAGAUGUGUAUCCCAAGGGAAGAUGAAGAUCUAAAGCAUGUGAUAUGUAACCCUCUCACAGGACAGUAUGUGAUCUUACCUCAACUUAGAAGAGGUGUUUCACAUAGCUAUUCGUAUAGCUAUUUAGGGUUUGAUCCGAUUGACAAGGAAUUCAAGGUAUUGUUCAUGCUACUCGUGAAUUUAUAGCUUCUAGUGGUACAGAUCAUUAUAUUU